GACCGUAUGGAACUUGUUCUGCGCAUGCGCAGUCUUUUCCUGAGCGGCUGCAACAGUGGACAAGCGAAUUAAACAGGCGAGUGAAGUGGAGAAUUUUUCAUCCAAGUGAGUCAUGGCCCAGUUCGGGGGACAAAAGAAUCCACCGUGGGCGACUCAGUUUGCUGCCACGGCAGUGUCCCAACCGGGCCACACAAGCCAGCCUCUUGACAUCAACUUGCACUCUCUUAAUGUACAGCAGCCAUCCCUACUGGGAGCUUCUCCGGCUGUUUACACUCAGCAGUCAGCAUUGGCGGCGGCCUCUCUCACAAGCCAGUCCAAUUAUCAGCUGUCUCAGCACACUGUCGCCUUGCAGCAACAAGCUGCAGCAGCGGCUGCUGCAGCAGCACUGCAGCAGUCUCAGAUCAAUACAGCCCUCCAACAAUAUCAGCAGCAGCAGCAGCAGCAGCAGCAGCAGCAGCAGCAGCAACAACAACAACAACAACAACAACAACAACAACAACAGCAGCAACAACAGCAGCAGCAGCAGCCUCCUCCUCAACCACCACCCCAGCAGCCCCUUUACAGUGUUCCUCAUCAGCUUCCACAACCUCAACCGGCACUUUUAUCGCAGCCUUCAGUGGCUUUACCCACAAGCCUGAGCCUGUCCAAUGCCCAGCAGACAGCCCAGAUCACAGUGUCCUACCCGACGACGCGCACAAAUCAACAGCAGCAGCCACAGAAGCAGCGGGUCUUCACCGGCGUGGUCAACAAGUUGCACGACACAUUCGGCUUUGUUGAUGAAGAUGUCUUCUUUCAGCUCAGUGCUGUGAAAGGCAAGACCCCACAAGUUGGUGAUCGGGUGCUGGUGGAGGCUGUAUACAACCACAACUUGCCCUUCAAGUGGAAUGCCCAACGCAUCCAGACCUUACCUCAGCUGGCGAACCAGCAUCAGCAGCCGCCUCAGCCAUUACCUCAACAUUCCCCGCAGUUGGGCAGCCUUUUCAAUGAGCCAGGGAUGCCGCUGCGCUACCCUGACAUGCACUGCACAGCGGACAACAGACAUAAUAGCCAUCCUCCUGUUCCUAACAUGAUGAAAACCGCUCCUCCCUUACUUCAGUCACUACCUCCACCGACCACGUACAGUGUUCCACCACCGGCUCCUCCUCCUCCUUCCUUACUGCAGGCGCAGCUGUCUGCUGCCUCGUUAGGUCCUCUUCUCCAAAACCCUCCUCAGCCUUUGCUGCCUCAGCCCCCUCCCAAAGAUGUGUUUACCGGGGGUCUACUUCAACCCCCAAUGAGAAUCAUGCCACAACCACAGCCUGUCCGACGGAUCGAGCCCCCUCCACGUUUCCCAAGUCGCAACGAUCGACCCCCUGAGCUCAUCCUCAGGAGUAAAGAAGAGCGCAGCCGCGACAGAGAACGCGAGCGAAGGCGGUCAAGAGAACGCUCACCGAUGCGCAAACGCUCCAGAGAGCGUUCCCCAAGACGAGAUCGCUCCCCACGAAGGCUCCGCAGGGUGGUUCCUCGCUACACGGUCCAGUUUUCAAAGUUCAGUUUAGACAUUUCAAGCUGUGACGUGAUGGAGUUGAGGAGGCGCUAUCAGAGUCUAUAUAUUCCCAGCGACUUCUUUAGUGCUGCCUUCACCUGGGUUGACGCCUUCCCUAUAAUGCGACCCUUUCAGUUGAGCAACGCAUGCAACUUCCAUAUCUUGCACAAGGAGGUGGAUCCUCUUGUCAAAAAUAUAACUGUGCUGGAACCGCCUGAUGCCAACCACACUUAUAGCGCUAAGGUGAUGCUGCUGGCUAACCCAAGCUUAGAGGAGCUCUAUCACAAGUCAUGUGCACUAGCAGAAGAUUCCCAGGAAGUCAAAGACUCCUUCCAGCAUCCUGCAAGACUCAUCAAGUUUUUGGUGGGAAUGAGAGGCAAAGAUGAGGCCAUGGCGAUAGGUGGCCACUGGUCUCCCUCUCUGGAUGGAGCUGACCCAGCGAAGGAUCCAUCAGUCCUCAUAAAGACAGCUAUUCGCUGUUGCAAGGCACUCACGGGCAUAGAUCUUAGUCUGUGCACUCAGUGGUAUCGUUUUGCAGAGAUUCGAUAUCUUCGGCCGGAGGAGACCCACAAGGGGCGGACAGUCCCCGCUCAUGUGGAGACAGUGGUUUUGUUUCUUCCGGAUGUUUGGCAUUGUCUUCCUACCCGCUCAGAGUGGGAGGUGCUGUCACGGCGACUCCGGGAGCAGCUGGCUGAGAAGCUGUCGGCCGAGCGAAAGGAGGCGGAUGGAGAACAGGAGGAAGAGGAGAAAGAUGAUGGCGAAUCGAAGGACGUCAGCAACCCCACUCACUGGGCCAAACUUGAUCCGAAAUCAAUGAAGGUAAACGACCUUCGUAAGGAGCUCGACUGCCGCUCUCUGAGCUCCAAGGGCUUAAAGUCGCAGCUGAUUGCCCGACUUACCAAGCAACUGAAGGUGGAGGAGCAGGUGGAAGAGUUCAAGGAGCCUGAGAAACCAGAGGUCAAACCUCCCGAGGAAGAAGAGCCCAGUCGCACUGAGGACCGAGAGGAGGAGGAAAAGAAGAAGCAAGAAGAGCUGGAGCGCCAACGCAGAGAAAGACACUACAUCCUCCCCGACGAGCCCACCAUCCUUGUUCACCCCAACUGGUCUGCAAAGAACGGCAAGUUUGACUGCAGCGUGAUGUCCCUCAGUGUGCUUCUGGACUACAGACUGGAGGACAACAAGGAGACUUCCUUUGAGGUCUCUCUCUUCGCUGAGUUAUUCAACGAGAUGCUCCAGAGAGAUUUUGGCUACCGCAUCUACAAAGCUAUCGCUGCUAUCCCUGUCAAGGAUGAAAAGAAGAAAGCCAAAAAAGAGGCCGAGAAGAAAGAAGUGGACAAGAAGGAAAUAAAGAAGGAGAAAGAGGACGGCGAAGAGCCAGCAGCAAAGAAAUCCAGAGAGGAUGAAGAGGGGGAGAGGAAAAAGUGUGAUGACAAGAUGGAGAAAAAGGAGUCACGUGAAGAAGAAGAGAACGAAGAUGACGGCAGCACAGCUAACGCCGACGAGUAUGACCCCAUGGAGGCUGAAGACGCAGAUGACGACGACGAUGAUGAAAAGGAUGAUGACACUUCAAACGACAAAAGAGAUCACAAAGACGCUCGCAGGUUGCCAAAAGAAAAGAGUUUAAAAGAGAAGGACAAGAAGCAGAUGAUGACGCACAACAGGGAGCUGCUGAUGGCGUUUGUUUACUUUGACCAAAGUCACUGGGGCUGCCUGUUGGAGAAAGACUUGGAGGACAUCUUGUACACGCUCGGACUGCACAUGUCACGUGCUCAGAUCAAGAAGCUGAUGAACAAGCCGCAGGUGAGAGAGUCGUGUUAUUACCGCAAACUGACCGACCGAGGAAAGGAUGAGGCUGCCUUUUUCUUCAAUGAAGCCCAGAUGGAAAACCCCUCAGGCAACAGAGAGCUACUUCCUGCUCCAAAGAAGAGCGAUCCGUCAGAAUCCAGCCAGUCGGGUGAUCUGAUCGUGUACAACGGUGCCAUGGUGGACGUUGGCAGCAUGAUGCAGAAACUGGAGAAGAGCGUGAAAGCGCGAGAGGAAAUUGAACAGAAGCUGAUGGUACAGGACACCAAGAUGGAUGAGGAGACAAAGGUUAAAGUGCAGCUGGAGCAAGAAAACAAAUCCCUGUCCAAGGAGCUGGAGGAAGUGAAAACCACUCUAAUGCAAACGGAGAAGCUGCUGAAAAAUGCGGAGGAGCAGAAGACCAUCUACUGGGAGCAGUUUGCCAAGACGUGCAAGACUCUGACAGACACGGUCACAGGACUGACGGCGGUGAUGGGAAAGGAUGAUGCUGGGAAUGACUGUGAUGAAGCAACCAGAGAGAAAACACCUCAAGUGAACGGUGCUGAAGAACCAACAACCUCUUAAAACUUAUCUUCACAUGUAAAUAUCCACUAAAGCUACUUUAAUUCACAGCUUUGUUUGUGUACAUAAUGGUUGAAUUGGUGGAAUUUUCUAUUAAUGUAUUUUAUAUAUAGAAUGAAGUCAUUUCAGCUCACUAACUUUUUUUUGCCAUCAAUUUGUUGUUGCCAGUAUGUGAUAGUGAAGAGAUAUAGUUUUUAAUAAUUAUUUUAUUUAUGUGCGAGAGGAUUCCCUUAAACUAUUUAAAUGAUAACUUUGGAUGGAUGAUCCACUGAGUUUUGUGCAGAUUUUCUCUGUAAAUAAUUAGAAUCCAUCCACUGGUUUACUGUGUAGAAUAAAAACUAAUUUCAUCCUUU